AUGGAAAUGGAUUGGAGAGAAAUAAUAAGCUAUUCUCAAAAGGAAUUGAAACAAGCAGAAAAAGAAAAACUUUGCGAAACUUUGUCCUGGAUGGAAGCUGAUGAUAUCGAACUAAACUUUAGUGACUUAAAAACUUUAUUUCGUCUCUCUCAAGAUAUUCUAAAAUAUAAAACUGAACAAGUAAAUUCUCCUGCCAUGAGUUCCGCAAGCAUGUUUGAAACAAUUGCGCAUCAAGAGGAAGUUAUAAGGGCAAAUAAGGAGGUCCUCGAACAACUUUAUGCAGAGAUUGCUGAAUUAGAAGGGCGGAAAAUUAAAUAUAGUGAAAAAACUCUUGUACAACAAGAUAGUGAUUCGAGUCGAAAUACGUUAUCUGAAAUUAACGAGAUCGCGCAGUUAGAAAAUGAAAUAUCUAAAAGAAAUAGACACAUAAGAAAAUUACUCGCCGACGUUAAAAUUUUGGAAGAAGAAAAUACUUCAUUAAAAGAUAAAUUACCAGUUUUCAAAGAAAAAUUAAGAGAAGCAACACAUCUUAUCGAAAAUCUAACCCAACAAUUAUUUACUCUAAGUAACAAUGUUACAAGUCUAAAAGAACAUCUCGGUAGAACUGAACAAGAAAAGGCUAAUUUAUAUAUUGAAGUGGAAAACUUGAAAAAUUUAUUGAAAUCGAAAACAGAAGAAAUCGUACGUUUGUCAAAUGAAAAUUCACAAUUGAAAGAAGACCUUACAUUAACAUAUAAUAAAAUAAAUUCUCCAAAUAAACCUUCUCAAGAAGAAUUAAAAAUAAAAGAAUUACAAGAAAAACUAGCAGAAGCUUCAGACGAAAUUAUAAAGUCUGCAGACAUAAUAAAAGUAUUGUCAAAUGAAAAUAAGCAAUUAAAAUCAAUAAUUGAUGAUAUAGCUGAUAAUUCUCUAACUGACCAAAAAAAUGAAAGCGACGAUGGAAAAGAAAAGAAUAUGAUAAUUAAACUUAAGAAAAAAGUAAAAAAUUUAAAUGACGCUCUUAAAUGUUCGGAAGAUAUGAUAGCUGUAAGAGAAAGAGAGCUUACCGAAACUGCUAAGCAACUACAAUUGCUAAAAUCAGACGACGGUAUAAAUACGUUGAUAGAAGGAAUUAAGAAAAAAAAGAGAGAUUUAAAAAUAAGAGAUGAAGGUAUAAAAAAUCUUGUGCAUGAAGUAAAUAGUUUAAACCAGCUUGUAAGUGAUCUACAACUAGAAAAUGAAACAAUGAGAGAAAAACUGCAAAUACCAUUAAAUAAGAAGAUCGACUCUCAUGGGAUUUUAAAAAAAAUUAAUGACAUCAAAAGUAAUAAUACAGAACUCGGAAAAAAAGUAAAAAAAUACGAGAAUAAGCUUAUUUCCCUCGAGAUAGAUAACCACGACAAGGAUACAAUAAUUUCGAAUUUAAAAGCAAUGAUGAAUAUGGCUGAAGUAGAUAAAAACAUAAAUAUUGGUGGCAUUGAUAAUGAUGGAACAGAAAAUGGACGUCCAGACAAUAUUUCAAUAGGUGAAAAUAGUUCAAAAAUAACAGAUAUGCAAGCCAUUAUUGAAGAAAAUGAAGGACUUAGAAACGGGCUAACUGAAAUUCUGAAUUUGUUAAAAGAUAAUAGCAAUACAAGUUCUGGUGUCUUAGCGAUAGAAUGUCCAAGCUUAGAAGCUAUUUUAAAUUCGUUGUUAGCACGGAAAGCAGCAGGCUGGUUUUCACCCCAUAUGAAAACAGUAAUGGAAUUAAAACAGGCAGUAGGUAGCAAAGAUGCCUUAAUGUCUGCACUACAUGAAUCAAGGAAGGAAACUUUUAACGUAAUGGUAAAAUUGAAUACAGAGGAACAAAGGUCAUCGAAAUUAGAAAAAACAUUACAAGAAAUUAAGAACAAUUUAAAAGAAGAUAAUGAAGACAAUGUGUCAAGUACAACGGAUAUCAGUAUUGGAGAAUUUGGAUCUUGGAUGAUACACAAUAAUUACGACAAAAUCGAUUUAAAGAACGAAAAUGAUAUUCGAAGUAUAGUUUCUAAGGGAAACAUGUGGUUUGAAAAUCAGUUCAAAGAAGUUAUUCAAUAUUUCCAUAGUAAAUUUGCAACACUUUUUGAUAAGCUUACAGCUUUGACGAUAAGUACAGCUGAUGAUCGCAAUAAAUGGAGCCUUCAAGAAGAAAAUUAUAAAGCAGAAAUAGAAAAUUUAAAAUCCCAAAUAGAUGAAAACGACGAAAGUAGUAGUACACAUUCUCCUGGAUUAAUAAACAUGACAAAAUCAAACUUCGUAGACAGAAAGUACAUUUUUUUAGAAGAAUCUUAUAAACAAAUAAGAACACUAAAUGAAAAUAUAAAAAAUGAAUACUUAGAAAUUAAAAAAGAAAAAUUGAAUGAAGCUUAUGAAUAUGAAAGAAAGAUUCAAAAUUUAAUACAAUCUAUUAUAAAUUUGAGUGACAAGUUACGCAAUUCAGUUCCAUUUGAAUUAUUUUUUAAACAGAAUAAUAUGUUAAAUGAUUUUAUUCUUAAAUACAAUUCACCAGUAAAAGAAAUUAUAUCAAAUAUAGACAAUUCCGUCCUUCAAAAGCAGUUGAAACAAACUGCUAACGAAUUACAAAUCAAAAAUAAUGAAAUAGAAAAGUUAGAGAAGACAAUAUUGGAUUUACAAAAUUCAGAAUCAGAAAUACUAGAUAAAACCUUAAAUUCUGAACCAGGUGAAUACGUAAAUUAUCUUAAGGAACAAAUGGAAACAUUAAAUGAUCAAAACAAAAUACUAAAAGAACAAUAUCAGCAAACUGGAAAUAAACUAGAUAAUGUGCUUUUGGAGCUACAAGCAUAUAAAAAUAAAGAACUAAGCAACCAUAAAGAAAUAAAUAUGUUAAGGCAUCAAAUUCUAGAUCUACAGUCUGAUGGAGAUGUUAAAGCUUCAAUGGCUAGAAUAAGCGGUGAAGUUUUAUUAGCACAAAUGCAAAGUUCGGAAAAUCAAAAUAAAAUUGAAUCUCUUAAGCUUGCUUUAAAUCGAGAAAAAGAACUUAGAGCUGAAACCGAAGAAUUGUUAAUGAGCCGUCAAAAGGUGUUUGAUAUUUAUAUUCUCCGAUACGAUACAAAUUUAAGGAAGUUGAAUGAAGUCAUUGAUGUAUUAAGACAACAAUAUCAAGGAAGCUUACCGCUCAUUUCUGUUGAAAACUUUAUAAAUAAAGCAGAAGACAUUCAACGUAAAUCCGUUGACAUUGAUAAUAAACUUAAUGAAAUAGAAGAUUUGCAAUCAACUUUAAUGACAAAACAUAGUGUUUAUAAUCAAAUAUUAGAGAUGUCCGCUGUCAAAUGCUCAGAUAACGAGGACAUUUGCCCGCAUAAAAUCAAAAAUAUUAUUACAGAAGAAACCCAAAAACUUGAAAUAGAACAUUACAAAAGAAAAAUUAUGUCAUUAGAACAAUCACACGAAGAACUUUUAAAGCGAUGUUGCCUUCUAGACAAAACAUUGAUUUUGCUCAAUCAAGGAUUUAAACUAAACGAUCUUCCAUCUCAAAAUGGAACUCAUAAAAAACAAAAGGAGCAUAUAAGUUUAGAAGUUGAAGAUAUUCAAUCGGACGAUGACAUGAGUAGUAGAAGAAGUCGUACACAAACCUUAUCUCAACCUAAAAUGGACGUAAACAUUAUCAACGAAAGUAAAAGUCAGACAGAAGAAACAGUUCAUAAAACAUAUCCACAACAUCUACCACAGAUCAAUGUUAAAAUAAACCAACAAACACAGACUUUUUGGAAUGAAAAGAAAUUAGAUGUUAAGCUAAUACAAACGGAACUUGAUAAAAACCAAGUUGAAUUAAAUUCACUGGUAGACAAUCUUUUAUCGGAGAAAAAGCAAAAAGAAAGGAUCAUUGAAGAAACGAAUGCAAUAGCUAAACAGAGAGCACAGGAAAUAUCGCGUCUUAAGAAAGAAAAACAUGAAAUAAGUACAAUGCUUAAAAAUGUAACUGGCUUAUGUAAUCAAAAAGACGAAUCAAUUAAAAAGUUAGAAUUAAUCCACGAAUCUCUGAAACAAGAAGUCAGUGAUCUACAAUCAAAUCGAGUCAAGGAAAUAAACAAACUAAAUGAAGCAGUGAGUGAAGAAAAGCAGACUCUUUUAAUAGAAAUUAAGAAAAUAGAAAAUGAUAAAAACGAAAUAAUAAGUGAAUACAUACAGUUAUUGAGCAAGGAAAGAGAGGACUAUACAAACUCUUUGAAAAGCUUACAAAAUAAACUAAAAGAUUUGCAGAUUAAAUUGGAUACGAGAAAAACUGAAGCAAUCACGUCCCAAGAUGACGUUAGUAAAGAGUCAAGCAUUAAGUUUACGUUAAAAAUUUGCAAUUUAGAAGAAAAAUGUUUUAACCUACAGAGUGAAUUAGAUGGAUACAAAGCAGAUUUCGAUAACCAGCAAGGAGAAUUAGAACGGUGGAAGAGUUUAGCAUCCGAGAGACUUAGUAAAAUGGAACAACUUAGCACACAAUUAAAGGAAAGGCAUACACAUGAAGUAGAAUCGUAUAAAGCAGAAAAUCAACAUUGGCUCACACAGUUAAAGGAAACGCAACGCGAACACAUAGACUUAAGAGCCCGAUUAACUGAACAAAGAACUUUGCACCUAAAGCAGGUGACGGAAAAAGACAAUCACAUUGAACAGCUCCGUUCUGUUGUAAACAAUCUUAAGACGCAAAUUCUAAAUAUGCAAACUAUGCUCACCAUUAAUGAUCCUAGCUUCGAUCUCUCUGCUAUCGUAGAGGUUGAUGAAGUUAGCGAUGGAGUAUCACAACAGGGAUCGGAUAGACUAGAAUUAAAAUUCGAUUCAACGGUAGACUUUAAUGAAGCACAAGAAGAUUUUGCAAAAUUGCCUUGUACUUCCACUGCUAUAUGGCAAGAGCCAUUGAUAGAACGUUUGCGAAGAGAGAAGCAAUUAAUGGCCAAACAGAACACAAUAUUACGUAGACAGGUCAAAGUUCUAGCAGCAAGAGAACGGAGGUCACGAUUGGAUGCACAGAAUCUAAAAAAUCAAGUAUUCCGCAUCAGCACCACCGGUAACAAAGUUCCAUCAGCAGAGUCAGCGGCGCUACAAAGUAAGAUCGCGUCGCUGCAGACUCAACUCACAAGCGCGCGUCGCGACGCAAAUUCGAACGUCGCGCUCUGGGAUAAGUGGAAAAGAGCGCAACAGGCAUCAGAGCGGUGGCAGGCCCGUUACGAAGAAAAAUGUCAAGAGGUUAAGAAAAUAGAAACGAGUUUGAAUAUGAAUAAAUCAGCCGUAAACAGAUUAGAAAAGGAAAAGCGUAUUCUUCUGUCCAGACUUGGGGAAGAUAGACAAGAAAAACAUUUAGCAAUAGAAAAACAAGAUGCCGAAGAGUCAGAGAAAGUCUCGUCUAGGAGCGAGCAAUGCCAAAGUCCUCCAGCUUUAUCUACCCGGGCGAUGCUUGGCAGGAUCGAGGCACAGCAACGGAGGAUCGCCGCGCUUGAACUCGCUGAAAGGGGCAAUGAAACCUUGGUCUCAGAAUACGAAAAGUCUUUGGCAGAAAUAACAUCACUCAAAGGGCAAGUGUUAAAACUCGAAUCCACACUUCUUGAGGCUGAAAUUCGCUCUCCGUUUAAAUCUACGAUGGAUAGCCAGCCCAGCCAAGAGUUACAAUAUUGGAGGAAUUACUGCGAUAUGUUGAAAGAAGAAAAUAUGCAAUUGACACUGAGAGUGAACUCUAUGGAUGUUACUCCUACUUCCGCUCAUCAGCAUCGCAUCAAUGACUUGGAACAGACUGUCCUUACUCUGAGAGGGCUUGUAAGUAAAUUGCAAGCGGACCAAAAGUCUUCAUCUACAAGCAUUCAAAAGCGAGUUGACUCUCGACCUGGUAGUGGACGAAGCGGAACUGAUAAGGUUCGAAGUCAAAUAGAAACAUAUCGUAUUGAAAUAUCCAAUCUCAAAAGAAGCAUCUUAGAAAAAGACGCACUUUUGGAGAAAUCAAAGGACAUGUUGAAAGUCGCCGCUGAAAGAGAAGACGAAUUAUUGAGAGAGAAUAUGAUGAUUCGUCGUCGCUUAGACCAACUAAGGGACGGUAAAGGAGGUUUCAUGUCAGCAUAAAAUUGGAGAUAAGGGAAAAUGAAACACUAAUCUAAAUUUUUAACAAUGUAAUCGUAUAAA